AUGGCUAAGCUGCGUUCGGCGCGGAACAGGCCGCGCGUGCCCUCGUCCGACGACUCUGAGCACGCCGAAUCGCUUUCACCGCCUCCCCAGCCUCCCCAGCCUCCCCAGCCGCUGCCCCCCACGAGGGCCGCACUAACUCGCUCCCGCCCGCACACACGCGCUGCCUCGACGACACCACCCGCCACUGCUGCUGCUGCUAGCAAGCCCGUAUACAAGCCGAUAACGUCCUUCUUCAGCAGCGUCCCCCGCCCGCCCUCGUCGCAGCCCACGCCGAGCCCCGAAAAACCGGCCGCGUCAAUUGAAGACUGGGACGACAUCUUCGACUCGGACUACGAUGACCAUGACGACCAUGUCAAGCCCGUCCACCCUCCUCCAAGGGCGCUCCCGGUGCGAAAAAGGCCAAUCGCGGCAACUGCCCCAACAGACGCUGCCUCGGCCGUGAUUGGCAGGCAAAAGUUCCUGCGCACCGCAACCGGAGCCCGCAGCACGCCUCCCAUCUCGUCCCAGCUACCGCCGCGCGAUGCCGACGACGGGCGGCCCUGGACCGACAGGUACGGCCCCGUCUCCCUGGACGAGCUCGCCGUGCACAAGAGAAAGGUGGCCGAGGUGCGCACAUGGCUCACAGACGUCUUGGGCGCCAAGGCGCGCAAGAGGCUGCUGCUGCUCAAAGGCCCUGCUGGCAGCGGAAAGACGACGACCGUCUCCCUGCUCUCCAAGGAAUUGGAUAUAGACGUGCACGAGUGGAAGAACCCGACUGGGUCCAUGUCCACGGCCGACGGUUUGUCCUCUGCUACCGCUCAGUUUGACGACUUUGUCGGGAGGACGGGCACCUUUGGCAGUCUGGCCUUUGAUAGCCAAGUCCCAGCUGCCCAACCCGCCUCGUCGAGCAGUCGCACGGGUAGGAAACAGCAGUUGAUCCUAGUAGAGGAGUUUCCGAAUACAUUCACACGUACUUCUUCGGCCGUCCAAUCUUUCCGCUCUUCCAUCCUCAAGUAUCUUGCUGCCACCACGCAGUCAGCCACUGCAUUUUUCUCAGGUCAAGUCGAUCCCGACCAGUCAGUGACUCCCAUCGUUAUGAUCAUCUCCGAGACACUACUGUCUACCAACACGGCAGCAGCUGACAGCUUUACCGCCCAUCGCCUCUUGGGCCCUGAGAUUCUGACUCAUCCUGGAGUGACUGUUGUCGAGUUCAAUCCAAUCGCACCCACAUACAUGACCAAAGCCCUAGACACCAUUAUCCUCAAGGAGGCCAGGAGGUUUGGCCGAAAGAAGACUCUGAGCCCGCAGGCUAUUCAGCGCCUUGCGGAGCUCGGCGACAUACGCAGCGCAGUCUCAUCGCUCGAGUUCUUGUGUCUACGUGGCGACGACGCCGACGGCUGGGGCGCAAAAGUCAACUUCACCAAGAAGAAGACUCCAAAAGACACGCCAAUGACAAAGAUUGAGCAAGAAUCUCUUGAGAUGGUGACGCAGCGGGAGAGUACGCUUGGCAUCUUCCACUCAGUCGGCAGGGUUGUCUACAACAAGCGUGUCGCGGAGAGCGCCAGCGCGCCAGUUGCGCAACCGCCCAACUGGUUUCCUGAAAGACGAAGACCAAAAGUUUCCGAAGUCAACGUUGACACGCUCAUUGACGAGCUAGGCACUGAUACACAGACGUUUGUUGCCGCUUUACACGAAAACUAUGUUUUGUCAUGUGCAGGCGCGGAUAGUGAAGAAACCAUGGAUGCUGUUGCAGGGUGCAUAGAAGCCCUCUCUGAUGCUGAUCUUCUCUCUCCGGAUCGUUUUGGCGCUGGUGGCGGGCGUAGAAAUUUCCAGGGGACGAGUGCGGACAAUCUGCGCCAGGAUGAAAUAUGCUUCCAAACGAGCGUGCGUGGGCUACUAUAUCACUUACCACAUCCUGUCAAACGAAUGGCUCCCCCUCCUGGCGUCAUGGGCAUCAAAGCAAAAGGCCAGGGUGCGAGUGGCAGCAUGGCCAAGGGCAAUGCAUUUGUCAUGUAUUACCCAGCAUCGCUUCGCAUAUGGAAACAGCAGGAAGAGAUUGGAGACCUCUUGGAUAUGUGGGUAUUGCGGGCACAGCGCGGCGAGCUCUUCUCGAUCGCAUCAGGCGCCCCGAAGCCAGCGGCACCCAGCGGAGGUGUAGACACUUGGAGAAGGAAUGCUUCAUUUUCACAGUCAACGUCAACACAGGGGCCCAAGUCUAGCGAAGACGAUGCAUCAGCCCCAGUCCUCUUAGGAAGCGGUGGCUCAGCUCGCCACGAGAUGCUCCUGGAGCGCCUCCCUUACCUCACCACUAUCCUGCGAAAGUCACACAUGCCCUCUUCAUCCACCGCUGCUACAGUGCGUGAGAUACGAAAGAUUACUGCAUUUACCGGAGGUGUUUCGUCGGGUGGUGAUGAAGAGGAUGACCUGGAGGACGACCUUGGCCCUGGAGAGCAAGAGCAGUGGACCACCGACAAACCAGCGCCAGAGACACCAAAGAAGAAAAGAAGGGUCAAGUUUGAGACCAAGGAGCAGGAACCUGAAUCGGCAAUACCCGGACUGGUAGAUAAAGGCGCCAGUCUCAUAUUGAGCGACGAUGACAUUGAGGACUGAUGAGACCUAAUAUCAUGUACAACACGCCAAAGCGUCAUGGCAUGACGUAGACGAGACAGAU